AUGGAAGGCAGGAUGAGCAGACUUGAGCAGUCUUUCAUCCAAAGCGCAAAUAAAACUCCGAAGAUAUCUGCCGGGAAUGGCAUUUCGGGGCAGCAGCUCUUGAGCAUUGAAACCACCGAAACAGAGCGUGUGAACGCACAGCCUAACCCACAAAGCGAUAUACCUGGCACAGUGACAUUGAAUUUGUCAUGCAGUCUUGGAGCAUUCCCAGCAUCGUCAAUGGUCAGUUUCACACUCAGCGACAUGACGACAAGCUCCGGUCAAACCCCAGAUCCGAUUUCUCGCGGAGCUAUAUCACAAGAAACAGCAGAGAGUAUGUUCGCAUACUAUAAAAUUAAUCUUGAUCCCUGCAUACAUCAUAUCAUCGAUGAGAAUGACACCUUGAGCACAAUCCGCACUCGGUCUCCUAUCCUCACAACAGCAAUCACCACUGUGGCUGCCUUCUGCAACAGCUCUAAAGAAUACAAUGCUCUCCUGGAGAUAUUCAAAAGCCAAGUCUCGGCAAGGAUGUUCUCAGCGAAUCAUUCAUUCGACGAUGUACGAGCACUAUGCAUCGGAGCCCUGUGGCUCAACGAGAUAUCAACCGCACUGAACAGUCUAGAUGCAUAA